UCGCCGUCGCGGAGUCGCGAGCUCAGUGCCAGCGAUCAGCUCGUGAGGUUCGGUUGCUCGCGCCGACGGUGUGCAGUGAGAUUGAGACACGUGCAUUGCAAUACCAGAGAGAGACGAUGCCGCGACGACGAUAGAUGCUGUACCUCUGAGUACCGGCUCUGUCUCUCGGUUCGUCGGGCAUUUCACGAGCCCGACACUCGUCUGUGUCUUUGGAGAACGCAGGACAUUUUCUUCGCUGGACCAGAAACGCGCCAGGUGUGCGCUCACCAACGGCCUUACAGAUGAUGAAAAUACUGCCAUGCGUCGAGGAGGUCACUGACGCGCCUCGAGAUGACAUCGUCAACGAGCACCUCGUGCACAAUAAUAACGCGCACGAGAAGCCAAAGCCGCUUGAGGAGACGGAGGAGAAGCCGCACGGGCAUCACCCGACGAUGUUCGAUCGACCGAGGGAACUAGCAGAUUCGCCCAUCAAAGGUCCGGUCACCCCAGAGGAUGAGCAGCGGAUGAGGGUAUUGCUGCCGUAUCAUCUCGCUCCGGAAUACUUGCGCUUCAACCCCUUCAUCCUCACCGGCUACAGGGGAUAUCUCACUACGAAGCUGUGCAUCGAGAGUAUAUUCUGGUGGACGAACGAGACGAUCAACAUCUGGAGUCACAUCUUCGGCUUCGUCCUCUUCUGCGGGCUCACCUUUUACGACCUGUAUUUAGUGAAUAUCACCGCUCCGUUCGGCGACAAAGUGCUGUGUGCUUUACUUUUAGUCUGCUUCCAAGCCUGCAUGAUACUUUCGUCGAUAUACCACACGUUCUCCUGUCGAAGCGAAAAGGAUUACUGGUACUUCCUGUCCUACGACCUUUUAGGAGUCGCGCUUAGUCUACUAGCAAUUUACAUGUCGGGAGUUUAUUACGCCUUUUGGUGUCAUAAGGGACUCCAGCGCUUUUAUCUAGUUACCGUGCUGGCGAUCUUCAUCGUGGCGAUGCUGCUGCAGCUGCCCCGGUACCAGGUCAACGACAACAUCAAGCUAGCGGUGUUUGUCGGCUGGGCUGUCUACGGGGUUCUGCCGACCCUUCACUGGGUCGUGGCCAUGGGCGGCAUGCAGAACCCGGUGGUGAACCUCCUGCUGCCGCGCGUGCUGGGCAUGUACGUCAUCAGCGGGGCCGCCUUCCUCAUAUACUUCAGCAAGAUGCCGGAACGCCUAUUUCCAGGCUGCGUGGACUACCUCGGCUCGUCGCACCAGUGGUGGCACAUCCUGGUCGUCGCGGCGCUCUACUACUGGCACAACACCGGCAUGAUGUACGUCGAGUACCGUCUCAACAACGGCUGCCCCAGCUUGAGUCAAUUAUGACAUACGGCCUCUGACGAUCCGUCGUCUCCGGCAGUGUUCUCGAUGGAGUGCGCCUGCGAAAUGGAGAACCGGUGGUCGUCAUGGUACCAGGAAUCGGUGAUCCCCUACUACGCUCAACAGGGAGUUCUCACCUGCCUCAUUGAAAAUCCUCUCCGAGCUUACGCUCAACUGAAGAAGCUGUGAAGCGCUAACUACGCGAAUAUACAUCUUGACUAGUUGAAGUGUGACCGCGAGUGUGAUUUUCUCUCUCUCUCUCUCUCUCUCUCUCAGCGAUGAUGGACGCUUUAUUUAUUGUGAACUUGUUCCGAUUUUAAAUAUAUGAUCGACGACGUUGGCGUUGGCCAGUGCGUGGUCGUAAAGUGUUGUUUUUAUCAUGAUAAUAUGCGGGAGCCUUGCAUAGGCUCCUGCAUCAGCAUUGUAAUCGAUUUUUUGAAAAUUUGUAUUAGUGUGUGUAAGUUGUAAGUAUAAUCGAAAUUCUUCUUGUGCCUGAUAUGCUAAUGCAGUGCAGGAGACGAUGAUUUAUUUUCUUAUUUUAAUCGGUCUUCGAAAGAUUCGUUCUUGUUGGAGACACUUGUUUUUAUUUAAUUUUGUUAUAUUUCAAUAUGUUAUCAGUUAGGUGCAUAUACUUGUAAGAUUACUGAUAAGCAUACCUUCAUUUUACUGUAAUAGUUGUGUAAAUAUUUUCACGCGUCGUUUUUCUAUAUGCUUUUGUAGGAAAGGAACCUCGUUUAUUGCUAUAUUCUUGCGUUGAACUAAAAUUCGCUUGCGCCUUUAAUGGCUAAAAUAUUAUAUACGAUGCGUACUGUAAAUUUUUAUUUUCAACCAUACGUUAAAAUGAGCAUGCUAUAUUGUAGGCAAUUUUUCUCACUUAUAUGGAACAUUUUUCAAACGUAUAAUGACCUACGUUAUCUAUCCUCUAUUUUUUUUCUUUUGGCUCGAGUUUUUUUAUUGCUUCAUGAUGGAUGUACUUUUUAAAGUGAUGUAAACGUAUAGCAUAGGUCUCGACAUUCAUCCCUUUUUUAUGAUUUUUAUUAUAUUCGUUAAAUAGGUUGUGUGUUAACGGUGAUAAUGACGUCUGCGACGUUUUAAAUAAAUCUUUGGUAUAAGUACAAAGAUAAAUCAUAAUUCGAUAACUAAAAGUUUACCGCAGUGAAGUCAGCUGUGUCAUAAUUCAGAUUUGUUUUUGAUAUAGCUUACGGGCUUCGCUAAUUGAUUCACAAUUGUUACCUUUGUCAUUUAUUAAAACUGUUAUUUAUACACAUCA